AUGAUCGCGGCGCAGGCCAAGCUGGUCUACCACCUCAACAAGUACUACAACGAGAAGUGCCAGGCCCGCAAGGCGGCCAUCGCCAAGACCAUCCGCGAGGUGUGCAAGGUGGUGUCGGACGUGCUCAAGGAGGUGGAGGUGCAGGAGCCCCGCUUCAUUAGCUCGCUCAACGAGAUGGAUAACCGCUACGAGGGCCUGGAGGUCGUGUCGCCCACCGAGUUCGAGGUGGUGCUCUACCUCAACCAGAUGGGCGUGUUCAACUUCGUGGACGAUGGCUCGCUGCCCGGCUGCGCGGUGCUCAAGCUCAGCGACGGCCGCAAGCGGAGCAUGUCGCUGUGGGUGGAGUUCAUCACCGCCUCCGGGUACCUCUCGGCCCGCAAGAUCCGCUCCCGCUUCCAGACGCUGGUGGCCCAGGCCGUGGACAAGUGCAGCUACCGGGACGUGGUGAAGAUGGUGGCGGACACCAGCGAGGUCAAGCUGCGCAUCCGUGACCGCUACGUGGUGCAGAUCACGCCGGCCUUCAAGUGCACAGGCAUCUGGCCACGCAGCGCUGCACACUGGCCGCUGCCGCACAUCCCCUGGCCGGGCCCCAACCGCGUGGCCGAGGUCAAGGCCGAGGGCUUCAACCUCCUGUCCAAGGAGUGCCACUCGCUGGCCGGCAAGCAGAGCUCGGCCGAGAGCGACGCCUGGGUGCUGCAGUUCGCCGAGGCCGAGAACAGACUGCAGAUGGGCGGCUGUCGCAAGAAGUGCCUGUCCAUCCUCAAGACGCUGCGGGACCGGCACCUGGAGCUGCCCGGCCAGCCGCUCAACAACUACCACAUGAAGACGCUGGUCUCCUACGAGUGCGAGAAGCACCCGCGCGAGGCCGACUGGGACGAGUCGUGCCUGGGCGACCGCCUCAACGGCAUCCUACUGCAGCUCAUCUCCUGCCUGCAGUGCCGCCGCUGUCCCCACUACUUCCUCCCCAACCUCGACCUGUUCCAGGGCAAGCCGCACUCGGCGCUGGAGAACGCGGCCAAGCAGACGUGGCGCCUGGCGCGCGAGAUCCUCACCAACCCCAAGAGCCUGGAGAAACUUUAG